GGGUUCCGCACGCGGUUAGCCUGGGGCUGAUCCAGUCUUCAGCUCUCGCGGACUGGGAGUCCGGAGCGGCAGCAGAGGCCACACCCAGGGCUUGGUGGUCCCGCGCUUUCCGGAGCUCAGCAGACGCUUGCUGCUUAAAUCGGUCAAAGAAGGAACGAAUGAAUGACCCUUUUGCCAGGAUGGAGACCCGGGGCCCUCAGGGAGCUGCGAAUCCCAUGGACUCCUCCCGCAGCCUGGGAGACCUCGGGCCUUUUCCGCGGGAGGUAGGGCGGGGGGCUCCGCUAGCUCCGGGCGCCCGGAAUCCCGCGACAGCAGGGGCGAGCCGAAGCCGGGGCGGCGGCCACGAGGACAGAUCGGCAGAUCGGGCCCUCGGACCUCGGGCUGGGGAGGAAUUCGACCGUGAGUCCUGGAUCAGAGAGAAAGUGCUCUUUCUCCUGCACCCAGAGAGGUGGUUAGGGACUCGAGGGGACUCUGCACGGGAAGAGGUGGCCGGUGCAGAGGACCUUCCUCAUGCGAGUGGAGAGGACCACGGCGAGGAGCCCAACUACCCUUCUGUCUUUCAACGAGAAAAGCGAAUUUCUGGCAGGCGUGUAGCCCCGCCGCGGGACCCAGCAGACCCACCCAAAUACGUGCUUGUGCGGGUGGAGGAUUAUCAGGUAACACAAGAAGUGUUGCAGACCUCCUGGGCCAAGGGUCGCAUGACCACGAGGACUGAGGAGCACUCCGUGACCGCGCUUACUUUUCGCAGCAGUAGAGAGGGACAGCCUGGGGGACACCGGGGCCUUGCUGAACCCCGGGUUCUCCAGGCACGAACAGGGGCACCCCGCGUCCACGCCGCGGAGAGGAGGGUUUCACCGUCUCCAGGGACCUGGCUCGAGGAAAUUAAACUCUAAUGAGUAGCCCGAGAAAUGUUCCGGGAUGGUGGAUGAGUGAUCAUCCUUAAAAGAAAAUGCUAUUCUGGGAGCUCCAACCUGCAAUUAACCUACAGAAGGAACCUUUUGAGAGGCUGGCGCAGCGCUUCGGGGAGGCAGAUUAAGAACUGUGUUCCUGAUCCAAGCAGAACCCUGUUAUUUGAAGAGCCUGAGAAAUCUUAUCCCAUUUACAAAUAUCCUGGGAGUGCAUCCAAAGUGAAACUUGGGCAUCCUCAAUACUAAGAAAUCUCUGAGAAUGGCUGGGUCUUGGCUCUUUGAUCUUACCUCUACUCCGCUGAAAAACAUGAUUAUCUAAAAUUGUAUUAGGUGGAUGAACCACAUCAAAGACUUCCAGAAGCCACUCCAGUGACGAUAAGAUAAAUGUCAGAAUCACAUAACCCCCAGGAUCAGGCAAGUGUUAUCCUCUCUUAAAACUGUUUACAACCAUAAUCUCCUUUUGGGAAUCAUUACAUUUGACUUGCUGCUUAUUUUUGUUGGAUGUUACCAGUGCUUGGUGAUAAAACUUGAUGUGGCUCUUUGCCUUGAAAAAGAAAAAAACUUUUUAUUAAAAGAAACAGUUAUAUACACUGCAUAAAAAUUGGAAAAAUAUUAUGAAGAAAAAGAAGAUUAUAAUAAAGGAAACAAAAA